CCACCAAGAGGCGCAACGGCCAUUUACAUACGUAUCCUGCUAGAACCCUGUGAAUAUGUCUGGAGCGACAAAUACAAAAGAAAUCGCGCCGUCGAUUGACGUGAAAAAUCUCAGCUACGCCUUUCCCGAUGGCUCCAGUGGGCUCAAGGAUGUCUUUCUCGACCUGCCGCCGGGCAGCAGAACAUUGCUGAUCGGAGCCAACGGUGCGGGUAAAACAACAUUGUUGCGUCUCCUCUCGGGCAAGCGCAUGGCCCCCGCCAAUACCGUCCACAUCUCCGGUAUCGACCCUUUCAAGAUGGGCUUGGAGGGCGUGACAUAUCUCGGUCUCGAAUGGGUGCUUAACCCCAUUGUCCGCACCGACAUUGAUGUUCCUACGCUCCUUUCCUCGGUCGGCGGCGACCACUACGCCGAGCGCCGUGACGAGCUCGUGCGCAUCCUCGACAUCGACUUGAGCUGGCGCAUGCAUGCCGUCUCUGACGGAGAGCGGCGGCGUGUGCAGCUCGCCAUGGGUCUUUUGCGACCGUGGACAAUCCUGCUGCUUGACGAGAUUACAGUAGACUUGGAUCUGCUGUCGCGCAGUAACUUUCUCAACUUCUUGAAAAAGGAGACGGAGACAAGGCCUUGUACGAUUGUUUAUGCGACGCACAUUCUGGACAACCUUGCUACCUGGCCAACCCAUCUGGUACAUAUGAGUCUGGGCAAGGUGAAGAAGUGGGGGAGCACAGAGGAAAUGAAUGUCAAGGUCGAGGCGGCUGGGGGCCAGCAAUACACGGGGAACAGUCUGUUGGGCGAGCUCGUGCUCAAGUGGCUCAAGGAAGAUUUGGAAGAGAGAGGUCCAAGAAAUGGAAAGGGAGAGGGUCUGAGUUAUCAGAAUUUAGAAGGCAAGGGCGGGUAUGGUGCGGAGAAGAGGACGGAGGAUUAAAAAAGCGAAUGCAGGAGGGGCAUGGCAACUGUGGCUUCAACAAUGCCUACAGUUUGUGAAUGGGUUACCAGGCGUUUUUUUUUCGAGGUGGAAACUCAACGAUGAUACCCCCGUUUCCGUACUUCAACAUGGGUUCAAGAUGGUGCUAAAGAAGAUUUGUAUAGAUCUUAUUCAUGAGGUAUCCAGCACAUUGCAUUGCGCCACCACUAAGCCUUGCCUCGCUUCUUCCCACACACUAUAAUUCGGACGAUCAU